AUGGAAAACGCAAGUACCGGCCAACGUUCAUCUUCCUGCAGUCAAGAAACAUCAGAGCAGAAACAUUGUUGGGUUUGUUUUGGUACUGACGAUGAUGAUUAUGAAAGUAGCAGAGAUUGGGUGUCACCAUGUAAAUGUCGCGGUUCUACACGAUGGGUUCAUCAGGAUUGUGUUCAACGUUGGGUUGAUGAAAAACUGAAAGAAAAUCUUAGUGUUAAAGCACAUUGCCCUCAAUGCCACACACAAUAUAUUAUUGUGUAUGAUGAAGUCAAUUAUUUUGUUCGAAUACUAAACAAACUUGAUAAGACAGCUAAUCAGCUAUGUCCUUUCUUGGCAGCUGGUGUUGUGGUCAGCACUCUUUAUUGGUCAGCAGCUUCUUAUGGAGCAAUCACGAUGAUGCAGGUAAUGGGUGAAAGGGAAGCUAUAACAAUGAUGGAGAAUACAGAUUCAUGUAUGUUGCUCUUGGUGUUGCCAUCAAUACCUCUCAGUCUAAUUCUAGGCAAAACGAUUAAUUGGGAAGAAACCUUACUGUUAUUUGUGCAGAGAUUUACUUCUCAACUACCCUUAUUAAGAACAAUCAUGCCUUCGUUUUUGUGUGAACCUGUCAACAAUUCAACGAGUACAGUCCAAUUCAAUUCAGUCGUUAAUCCAACAACUACUCUUUGCGCUGCACUUUUAUUGCCAACUACUGCCACCGUAGUUGGAAAUUUAUUAUUUGACAAUAGUUCAUACUCAUAUUUACAAAAAACUUUAUUGGGUGGGUUAGUGUACAUUGCAGUAAAAGGUGUAUUUAGAAUAUAUCAAAGACAACACAAUAUUAUAAAAGAAAGAACACGUAAAGUCGUCGACUAUCCUGAAACUGAUACUGAAGAAAAUAAUUAA